AAAUAUGAUUGUUUGCCUGCUGCACCAAACUUAAGUACUUCUUUAUCCAUUUGGUCACCUAUCUUCAACUACAAUGCAACAGGCUCUAGAACUGGCACUGGAUCGUGCAGAGUAUAUCAUUGAAAGUGCCCGUCAGAGACCUCCCAAAAGAAAAUAUUUAUCCAGUGGAAGAAAAUCUGUAUUUCAAAAACUCUAUGAUUUAUAUAUAGAAGAAUGUGAAAAAGAGCCUGAGAUAAAGAAGCUGAGGCGAAAUGUGAAUUUACUUGAGAAGCUGGUUAUGCAGGAGACGUUGUCAUGUCUGGUAGUGAACCUCUAUCCAGGAAAUGAGGGUUAUUCACUUAUGCUCAGGGGAAAAAAUGGUUCAGAUUCCGAGACCAUUCGGCUGCCUUAUGAGGAGGGAGAGCUGCUUGAAUAUUUGGAUGCAGAGGAACUACCACCUAUUUUGGUUGAUCUUUUAGAAAAAUCUCAGGUUAAUAUUUUUCAUUGUGGAUGUGUCAUAGCAGAAAUACGUGACUAUAGGCAGUCUGGUAACAUGAAAUCUCCAACGUACCAAAGCAAGCACAUUCUUUUGCGUCCUACAAUGCAAACUUUAAUUUGUGAUGUGCAUUCUAUAACAAGUGACAACCACAAAUGGACACAGGAGGAUAAGCUCCUACUUGAGAGCCAACUUAUUUUGGCUACAGCAGAGCCCUUGUGUCUGGAUCCUUCAAUAGCAGUGACCUGUACUACAAACAGACUCCUGUACAACAAGCAGAAGAUGAAUACUCGCCCCAUGAAACGGUGCUUCAAAAGGUACUCAAGGUCGUCUCUGAACAGACAGCAGGAAGUAGCUCACUAUUCAACUCCACCUCAGCUCAGACUACUUGACUACUUACAGAAAAGAAAGGAGAGGAAAGGGGCCCAGCAGUACGACCUCAAAAUUUCUAAAGCUGGAAAUUGCGUAGAUAUGUGGAAACAGAAUCCCUGCUACCUGACUGCACCUUCUGAAGUGGAUGUGGAAAAAUAUGCCAAAGUGGAAAAGUCUAUCAAGCCUGAUGACUCACAACCAACUGUCUGGCCAGCACAUGAAAUAAAAGAUGAUUAUGUGUUUGAAUGUGAAGUUGGUAAUCAGCUUCAAAAAACAAAACUGACCAUUUUUCAGUCUCUUGGCAAUCCCUUGUACUAUGGUAAAAUUCAGACACUCAAAGGUGAUGAGGAAAAUGACAGCCUAUUAACUCCAUCCCAGUUCCUUAUUGGGUCGAAGACUGAUGCUGAAAGAGUGGUGAACCAGUAUCAGGAGUUAGUACAAAGUGAAGCUAAAUGUCCUGUGAAAAUGUUUCAUAAUUCAGGUGGAUCAGUCAAUCUAAGUCAUCUUUCUCCAGGGAAGGAAAUGGAACCAGAAAGUAUAUCAGGCUCUGUUCAGUCUUCAGUAUUGGGGAAAGGUGUAAAACACCGACCUCCUCCCAUCAAAUUACCUUCAAGUUCAGGAAGUAGCUCUUCAGGUAAUAUUUUUAGUCCACAACAGUCAAGUGGCCAUCUAAAAUCCCCAACUCCUCCUCCUCCUUCCAAGCCUCCUGGUCUUUCUCGGAAACAAUCUAUGGAUCUUAAUCAAGUUAGCAUGCUCUCUCCAGCUGCCAUGUCUCCUGCGAGCUCUUCACAAAGAACCACCUCCACCCAGGUCAUGGCAAACUCUGCAGGACUUAACUUCAUCAAUGUAGUGGGCUCUGUGUGUGGAGCACAGACACUGAUGAGUGGUUCAAAACCUAUGCUGGGGUGCAACACUGGUGCCAUAGCCCCUGGAGGUAUAAAUCUGAGUGGCAUUUUACCAUCAGGAGGUCUGGUACCAAGUGCGCUGCCCGCUGCAAUGCAGUCUGCCUCUCAAGCAGGCAGCCCCUUUGGUUUGAAAAAUGCAUCAAAUCUUCGGCCCUUAAAUCUCCUCCAGGGGUCUGACCAAGGUCCAUCCAAUCAAGAUCAGGCAUUAUCUGCCCAACAAGCCGCUGUAAUUAACCUGACCGGAGUAGGGAAUUUUAUGCAACCUCAAGCCACAGCAGUUGCGAUUCUUGCGGCAUCGAACGGCUACAGCGGCAGCAACGCGAGCAGCUCACCGGCGGCAGCAGCGUUCAGGCAGCCUCUCAAAAAGUAAAAGGAAAAGAGGCGUGACAGUCCCUCCAAAAUCCUGAGACUCGCUCUUCCCCCCUGCCCCCUCUAAACACAACAUUGAUUCAUAGGGGAUUUUUCUGUUGUUGUUAAUUAAAAAAGGAAAAAGCUUCACAGCAAAGUGUUUUUGCUGGUGAGAAAAUGAAUUUUUGAUGUUACACUGAAAUACAUGAACUGGUUUUGGAAGCCAACCCUGGAGAACUUGGAUAUUUCACCCAUAAGGCAGCUAGGGUCUGGCAUCCUUAAACCACUUCAUUUUUGUAACAGAACAUUUUACCCUGUAUUUUUUACCAAUGCGCAUCACUGUACAUAGUGUAAGGGUGACAAACAUUUUGGAAAAAACAAGCUUUGUAAAUGUAGUAUGGGUAUUUGUUUAUUUAGUAUAAAAGGUUUGUGAACACUGUAACAAAUACACUUUUUACAAAUCCA